AUGACCUUCCCUCCCCCUCACCCUUCCGCCCAAUCGUCGAUUGCUUCUGGCACCGAUAAAUCUUCUUCGACCAGGACUGAGAUUGGUGCCUGGGGUCGGUCCGCGUCGCAGUCCGGCAUUCGUCGUGGGUUGACUCCUCUCGCGACCAACCUUUCCUCCACCACACCCUCUGCAUCCGCCCGGGGCUUGGACACAGGCCCUGGGGUCUCAACGCCUUCGUCGUUCUCUGCCGUUCUGAGUUCUACCAGAGGUCUCUCAGGGGGCAGCCCCAAGCCUGUACCCUCGCCCUUCACCUCGCUUCAGUCAGGCUCGCAGCAGCAAGCCCAAUCGCUUUCGUCGCCAAAGUUCCGCGCACAUACUCCUUCCGCAGGCUCUCAUUUCGCCUCCGUGUCAGGCUCCAUCCCGGGUGGUGGAGGUACCGGGGGAGGUGGUGGGCCCGGAUCUUCUCGAGGCGUUUUCUCACCAUUGUCGUCCGGCACAACCGUGAAUUCACCAACAGGCUUCGGUUCUGAUAAGCCGGGAUCUACGGCUGCUCAUUCGAGUCAAUCCUCACUCACCAAGAUUUCGAUUGCGCAGGUAUUUUUACUGCUAGACUCGAUCACAGAGAAAGAGGGUAAAGAAAAGUGGGAGACGAAAGCUGCUCAAAUACACAAGCUUGUGACAUCAAACGGAAUGGAGGUCUUCUCGAAGUAUUUCCGCCGCCUUCUGACAGGCAAUGCGCCUCAGAUCUUCCCUGGCGUGAACAAAUCCGUCGAGAAUGCAGGCAACUACCCCCUUCUGGUCCAGGAAAUGCAGAAAGUUUCCUCGGACAUGGAGCAAGCACAGAAGAUUGCUGAGACGGUAGACACCUCUGAAGGGGACAUUUUCCGCGACUUCGACUUGUCAACCUUUCUGGAUCACUUCCGUCUUGAUCCCAUUGUGAAAGUUGCGCUGGCCUUGGCCUUCAAGCUGACCAACAAAUCGGAUCUUCGGGCUAAAGCCGAUGCUAUCCUAUCUAACUCAAUCGUGCCAUUCCUCUCGAGCUUGGCAAAUCCCUCCGAAACGAAUCAAGAUUUCCAAACAUCUUUCCUUGGCAUGACAAUUGAACGGUUCAUCUUAUAUCCUCCUCGCAAUUUCACCAACGAGGUCAAGGGAAAGCUGGUCUUCGCAGCAAACCUUCGGUACCAGAAGCUGGGUCUAGACAUGCCACUCGAAGUGGCUUCAGCUUUGCAAAUGUUCAACUUUGUCAACCCCGAAUAUACCCUCGUGAGACAGCUCCAUUCCAAAGGCCCUCGCGCAACUGCGAACAUGGAGGCUAUCACGGAAGUAAUCAGCGCGGCAGGGCCAGAAAGCUGGAAUGAGGAACAUUUGGCUAGUGCUCUUUUGUUCAUGAUUCUGUCCCAGAACUGGCAACAGUUUUCAAUCGAGACCCUUCUCAACGCGUACUCUGAGAAGCAGAUCAAUUGGGCACUAGUGUUCCAGAACUUCGACCGCGAGGGCUUGAGGGUGGAUUCAAAGCAAUUUGCCAAGUUAUACUACGUUCUUUCUAACGCGGCUGCCAAUGAUUCGUCUCUGGAUAUGUCAUUUUUGACGGCGUUUAUUGCUUCACGCACGGAUGCGUCCCAGAUCCGGAAUCUCCGUGGGGCCUUCCCUGCCGACUUUUUUGAGGAGGCUCCUGAAGUUAUUAAGCUGCAGGGCGAGCGUGCGGCCAAAUCUCCUCUUCGCUCCAUGGAUGCCAUGAAGGCAAUUUUUGACGUUGCGCUAUUUUCACAGGCUUCCUGGUCUGCAACGGAAAGCCAGCUUUUGAUCAAAGCUGUGGUCCAGUUCGAUCUACCAGUCUUCUUGGUUUCUGCUCUCGCUAUUCCCCAGCCCUGGUCCAGUGUUCAACAGAGCUUUGUUCUUCGAACCUUCCUCGUAUUUAUCUCGAAACAAGAGGAUGGAUACCAGCUAGCACUUCACGGCGCUUGGCGACAGGACAGACAAUGGGUUGCGGAGCAGCUUUUUACUGCCUUCACCCAAGAUCCGACAUCUACUGCAAUCAUUUACGAACAUGCUGCCGAGUACGGAUGGCUCGAUUAUUUGCUUGGAUUUACGAACGGCCUUGCCUUGGACCUUGCCUGCUACUCUCAUCGGAAGGGGACUUUCGACCUCGAACAGUGGGUUCGAAAUGCGUCUCAAAAGGGUCCAAUUGACAUGGGCAGCCUCCUGUCCAAGUUUCUUCGGAUCAAGGCAGAGGAUGAACUGCAUGUUCAACGAAAGGAACAACCCAGUCCCCAGAUGGUCAGCCUCUCCGUGAAGACCGUUUUUACACUUCUAUCUGUACUGGAGGAGUAUGUGGGCGACCGUGAAAAUCUCACCCCCGUUCAACGUAUCUGCAUUCAGACGUACCCUCGAUUAAUCAACUAUGGCGAAGGAUUCGAUGAUAUUAUCGACGCCAACGGUGAGAACGGCAACACUUUACCUGAAGCCAUCGAUAAGCAGAUGCAAGACCUGUUUGGGAAAAUGUACCAUGAGGAACUAUCACUCCGUGAGAUGUUGGAGCUGAUGCGCCAGUACAAGUCCUCGCGUGAAUCCAAUGAACAAGACCUCUUCGCUUGCAUGGUACAUGGCCUUAUUGACGAGUACCACUGCUACCACGAAUACCCGCUGGAGGCUCUGACUAAGACCGCUGUCAUGUUUGGUGGAAUUAUCAACUUCAGACUAGUUGAUGGAAUCACGCUCAAGGUCGGUCUGGGGAUGAUUCUCGAAGCUGUUAGGGAGCAUGAAGUUCAUGACCCAAUGUACAAGUUCGGCGUGGAGGCAAUUGAACAACUGAUCAACCGCCUUACUGAAUGGCCUGGCUUCUGUCACUUGCUCCUUCAGAUCCCGACUCUUCAGGGUACUCCCAUCUUCCAGAAAGCCGAAGAAGUGCUACAUGAGCAACCGAACCAGAUUGGCGAGAGCGAGCUCGCUGGAUUUCCGGAAAUGCCCCCUCCCUCUCUCCCCAACGGCAACGCUGAUGAGCCCUUGGCUACCGAAGGUGCCUCCCGAAAGUUCCGCUCCGUAUUCGUCGAUUCUCCUCUGCGGUCCGAUCUUUACCAGGACCCGGAUGAAGAUAUUCAGGACAAGAUUUUGUUUGUACUGAACAAUGUCUCGGAGCAAAACAUUGACGAGAAGCUGCGUGACUUGCGUGAUGUAUUGCGCGACCAGCAUCACCAAUGGUUUGCUUCGUACCUAGUCGAAGAACGCGCUAAAUUGCAGCCCAACUUCCAACAGCUCUAUUUGGACCUUCUCGAGCGCAUUGGGGAUAAGAUUCUUUGGGCCGAAGUCCUGAGGGAGACAUAUGUCAGCCUCUCGAAGCUCUUGAAUUCCGAAGCUACCCUGACAUCCGCCACCGAGCGUGGCCACCUUAAGAAUCUCGGCGCAUGGCUUGGAUCAUUGACUAUUGCCCAAGACAAGCCCAUUAAGCACAAGAAUGUCUACUUUAAGGGCUUGCUUCUGGAAGGCUAUGACACCCAACGCCUCAUGGUCACCAUUCCCUUCACCUGCAAAGUUCUUGUCCAGGCUACAAAAUCCACGGUAUUCAAACCUCCGAACCCCUGGCUCAUGGACAUCUUGGGUCUCUUGUUGGAGCUGUACCAUUUCGCCGAAUUGAAGCUUAACCUCAAGUUCGAGAUCGAGGUACUGUGUAAGGAUCUUGAUCUUGACCAUAAGGUCAUCGAGCCAUCUGUCAUCAUUCGUGACCGCACUGCUCAUGGUGAGGAAACCAUGGCACCUGUCACUAUUCCAGACGGAUUGGAGCAGCCAUUUGAUGAUUUGGGCAUUCCGACCAUCAACCAAGGCAUUCGCAACGAACGGCUGUCCCCAGCAGCCAUUAUGUCAACUCUUCCGAGCCUUGAUAAGAUUCUUGUCUUACCUCCAUCUGCAAGCAGCAUGGUCGAUGCCGGCGUUCUUCGGCAGAUUGUUCACACUGCCGUGGAACGUGCUAUUGCGGAAAUCAUUACCCCGGUUGUUGAACGUUCAGUUACGAUCGCUUCCAUCUCCACUGUUCAAUUGGUCUCGAAGGACUUUGCUAUGGAGCCCGACGAAGAGAAGGUGCGACAUUCCGCUGGCAUCAUGGUUCGACAACUCGCCGGCAGUCUCGCCCUAGUUACUUGUAAGGAGCCAUUGAAGGUUAGCAUGACCAAUUACAUUCGCAUGAUCCAACAGGACUAUUCAGAUCAGCCCAUGCCCGAGGGCUUGAUUCUGAUGUGUGUCAAUGAUAAUUUGGAUGCCGCUUGUGGUAUCGUUGAGAAGGCUGCCGAGGAGAAGUCCCUGCCUGAGAUUGAGAAGGUCAUUGAGCCCCAACUGGAGGCUCGCCGUCGUCACCUGGCCACUCGGCCCAAUGAGCCUUUCAUUGACCCAUCAAUGAACCGAUGGGGUCUUUUCAUCCCGGAGCCUUAUCGGCAAGCCCCUGGUGGCCUCAAUAAGGAACAGCUAGCUAUCUACGAGGAAUUUGCUCGUCAAUCACGUGGUACUGCAGCUGCUCACCCUCAGAACAUCUCGACUGACUCUGCUCGCCAACUCCCGGAUGUCCUCCAGGAAUCUUAUCCCCCCAUCCCCAACCUAUCCACUCCUGCUGAACAGCCAGCUGUUCCUCACAGGACACCCCAGGCACAACAUGCAGUUUCCCAAAUUGCAGUUCACACCAACGGUUUCCUCGAUGCCCAGAACCCACGAGAACGUAUUGAGUCCCUCAUCGCCGACCUCCAACAAUCUGCUCGUGGUGCCCCGGAAGAACAUGUCAAGGACCUCGAUCGAGAGAGUGCCGUCCUGCAGGAGUAUAACCAAGCGCUGCGCACCAUCUUGGCUUCGCCAAAUGGCGAAGAGUUGGCGCGUCUGACUUCCCUCAAGGUCUGCACCACUCUCUACUCACAGUCGUCUGGAUCACUCGAAAUUGAAGUCCUUGUGCAUCUACUCGCCAAGCUCUGCGAUAUGUCUUCCCUGAUCGCACGUUAUACUUGGGCACUCCUGUCAGAAGUGGACGAUGAGCACAUGUUCAAUGUACCGGUUACGGUCGCUCUCAUUGAUGCCGGUCUUCUCGACAUUCGCCGGGUCGACAUGGUCCUGACUCGCCUCAUCCUGCAAAAGAAUGUCAGUGCUCUUGAACUUCUCGAGAACCUCAUGAACCGAGUACUCUUCAACGACGAACCAUCAGCUCUGCGGUCGGACUUCUCUGGCAGCCUUGAAGCCAUGAGCCAAUGGCUUUCAGAAGACAGCACCCUGGCUCCUGCUCUAGAGAUCAUUCGCAAGCUCCAGGACGUCGGUAUUCCCGAAGUUGUCAACCCUUUCCUCAGUGACCAGGCUCGCUCCAAACGAGAUCAGAUGGAAUAUAUUUUCAGUGAAUGGAUCGGUAUCUAUAAGGCCUCGGGCGCAACCGAGCGUACCUACCUCUCCUUCCUACAGGACAUGCACAAUCGUCAAGUGAUGAACACCCCAGAAGAUUCUUGCCUGUUCUUCCGCCUCAGCAUUGACAUCUCUGUUGCUAUGUUUGAGCACGAAUCUCAGAACCCGAACGGUAGCCUGGAUGAGGCCUUCCUCUACAUCGAUGCCCUCGCGAAGCUUGUUGUGCAUCUAGUCAAGUACCAAGGCGAGAGUGCUGGUGCUGUCAAGGCAGACAAGCCUACUUAUUUCACUUCCAUUCUUUCGGCCCUGAUCCUGGUCCUUAACCAGCACCAAGUCAUGCGAGGUGAAGGAUUCAACCAGCGCGUCUUCUUCCGCCUGUUCUCGAGCAUUCUAUGUGAAUACUCUGUUGCCGAACUCCAGCACCAUGAACAGCACCAGGGCAUGAUCUUUGCUCUGGCCAACAAGUUCCUCUCCCUUCAACCCCGCUAUGUGCCUGGGUUUGUUUACGGCUGGCUUUCUUUAGUCUCCCACCGUGUCUUCAUGUCUGACAUGUUGAACAUGCCGGAACGUGCAGGCUGGGCACCCUACUGCGAGAUCAUGGAAGCCCUGCUUUCCUACAUCGGGGAACAGCUCAAGGCAACGAAUAUCUCCUACGUCGCCAAAGACUUAUACAAGGGCGUGCUUCGCAUUCUUCUGAUCCUGCACCAUGAUUUCCCCGAAUUCGUUGCUGAGAAUCACUUCCAGUUCUGCAAUGUGAUCCCUGCUCACUGCGCUCAGCUUCGCAAUUUGGUCCUGAGUGCCUACCCCUCAUCCUUCCACAAGCUUCCGGAUCCCUUCCGUGAGGGUCUGAAGGUGGAGCGUAUUGAAGAAAUGCGUGAAAUUCCCAAGAUUACCGGGGAUAUUGUGACUCCUCUGCAGCAGGCAGACAUCAAGGAGAUUGUGGAUACCGUGCUUCAGAACGACAAUGCCUCCGAAUCCGCGGUUCAACAGAUUUGCGAUGCUAUCCUUACUUCCGAGGCCCGGGACACUGCCCUGUUCUACGUGCCGAUCAAUGUGGAUAUCGUGCUCGUGAAUGCCCUGGUUCUUUACAUUGGCCAGCAGGCAGUUGUGGAGCAUGCGUCUAAGACAAAUGCUCGUAGUGCAUUUGAGAACUCGGCACACGCUACCCUUCUGGAGAAGCUCGCCCAGGCCGUGGAACCCGAGGCCCGUUACUACUUGUUGAGUGCGAUGGCAAACCAGCUGCGCUACCCCAACAGUCAUACCUACUUCUUCAGCUUCACCAUUCUGCGUCUGUUUGGGGUGGACUACUCCGAGUCUGACGACUCUGAUAUCCGCCAGCAGAUUAUCCGCGUUCUGCUGGAACGGCUCAUUGUCCACCGUCCGCAUCCAUGGGGCCUCAUCAUCACUCUGCAGGAGCUCCUCCAGAACCGGAGCUAUUCUUUCUUCCGCCUCCCCUUCAUCCAGGCGGCCCCUGAGAUCGGUCGACUCUUCAAUGCCCUUCUCCAACACAUCCAGCAGCAAAGCCCUCGUCCUAUUGCAUAG